AAUGUCAUGAAAUGUCCCGUGACGCGUACGUGGGGGGCUCCCGCUCCCCUAGGGGCGUGAGGCUGCCCACCGUGGACCGAUCGCCCAGUAGGGCAUACCCAGGGGGGAGCCCGUUGGGGCGCAAACCCGUCCGCCAGACCCGAUCUGGCAACAAUUCGCCCGACCACACGGGCUACACUUCCUACCAUUCCUACUAUCGGGACGAGGACUUGGAGGAUCCGAUGUUGGAGGAGCGAGGCAGGCCGAUGUCCGUUGGUACCACCCAUCAUCGGUCUAGGAGUGCCACCAGACCAACUAACCCAAUGUCCGUUCGCUACCAAUCGCUUGACCGAGCCCCAACCGUUGUAGAUCAUGAUCGCGAAUUUCUGCCGAUCCGCGAUCGAAGAGAUCGGUCCCUGGAAAGGGGCCUUUAUUUCGAAGACGAUCCUUAUAUAUCCCGAUCAGCUCGCCAGUCUCCAACAUCGCAUCAACCGUUCAUUGGCGAGCUGCAGCACCAAAACUCCGAUCUUCAGCGCGAUCUGGCCAAUCUGAAGAAAGAGCUGGACUUGACCAAUCAGAAACUGGGCUCGUCCAUGCACUCCAUCAAGACCUUCUGGAGCCCCGAGCUGAAAAAGGAGCGAGCCCUUAGGAAAGAGGAGUCGGCCAAGUACAGCCUGAUCAACGAUCAGUUGAAGCUACUGAGCAGCGAAAAUCAGAAACAAGCCAUGUUGGUGCGACAACUCGAAGAAGAGUUGCGGAUGAGAAUGCGCGGCCCCAGUGUGGAGGUGCAGCAGCAAAUGGAGGUCAUGUACCAGGAAAACGAACAUCUGCAAAGAGAAAUUGCAAUUUUGCGGGACACAAUUAAGGAACUCGAACUACGAAUCGAAACUCAAAAGCAAACGUUACAAGCGCGGGAUGAAAGCAUUAAAAAGCUCCUGGAAAUGCUCCAAAAUAAAGGAAUGGGUAAAGAGGAAGAGCGCGCCAUGUUCCAACAGAUGCAGGCGAUGGCACAAAAACAGGAGCUGCAGGCGGCCAACGAAACGCUGCGCACGCUGCAGUCGCAACUGGAAUUAGUGCCCUCGCCAUCCAGCAGCACCAUCAAGGUGCUGCUGGACACCAAGGACGCGAGAAUCGCGACUCUGGAGCGCGAGGUGCGCCUUUUGGAGCACGAAAUCGACAGGCUGGCGCCACCCUCUUUGAUGGAGCCCCCCCGCCGACAACUCGACGAGUUCCGGGUGGAGAUUCAGCGCAGGGAUCAGGAGAUCCUCGCGAUGGGCGCCAAAAUGAAGACGCUGGAGGAGCAGCACCAGGACUACCAGCGCCACAUCGCCGUGCUCAAGGAGUCGCUCUGCGCCAAGGAGGAGCACUACAACAUGCUGCAGGCGGACGUCGAAGAGAUGCGCGCCCGCCUCGACGAGAAGAACCGCAUGAUCGAGAAGAAGCAGCUGCAGCACCAGCAGGACCGGGCGCGCGCGGGCGCCGAAAUUUCCGAGAUGAGGGAGCACAUGGACAUUAAGGACCGCAAAAUCAACGUGUUGCAACGAAAGGGGGAAGUAUAUCGCCUCAAGGCCCGUUUGGAAAACUCCCAUCAGGAGCAAGACAGCCUCCGCGAAGAACUCGAGAAAGCCCAAUCGGCUACAGCCAAGCUGCAUUCCGACAAAGACCGGGCUUAUGCCGAACUCGAGAAGAUGAGGGAGGAACUGGAGCGUACUACGGCGACCUUGGGAAAGGCUCAACUGCAACAAGACAAGCUCCAGAACGCAUACGACAAAGCGCAGACCGAAGUCGACAAGCUUCAAGAGAAACUCGACAAGUCCAUUGGGGAGACCAGACGUAUCCAAUUAGAAAAGGAAAAACUCGGAUACGAUUUAGAGAGUGUCCAGUCGCAAUUGGACAAGGCUCUCGCCCAAUCUGCUCGCUUACAGAAGGAAAAAGAACAAGCCCAGCUCGAAGCCGAUCGGCUUAGAGAUAAAUACGAAAAGCUCCAGGGCACGGCGAACCGCCUGCAAAAGGAAAAGGACAGCUUCCAAGACGAAUGCGAAAAACUGAAGGAACGAUUGGACAUGCAGCUAAAUCAAGUUUCGAAAGUCCAACGGGAAAAGGCCGAUGUGGAGACCGAGUUGGACGUGCUCAAAGAGCGGUGGGAGAAAGCGCACAUGUUGCAGCAAAAACUGCAAGUCGAACGCGACGAUGCGGUGACGGAAAUCGAUAUUCUCAAGGAAAAACUGGACAAAGCCAUUUACUCCUCACAAAAGGCCAUUGACGAGCGCGAAAGUGCUCACAAAGAAUUCGAGAAAGUCAUUGAAAAAUAUGACCGGUCACAAAGCGAUUUAUAUCGACUGCAAAACAAGCUGGACACCGUGCAGGCAGACAAAGAACGCCUGGAGCUGGAAAUUGAAAAGCAACAGCUCGCCAUGUCCAAAUUCCGGGACGACCAGCGAAAGCUGCAAGAAGAGGGCCAAAGGCUCCAAGAGCUGUACGAAAGAGCGUCGAUGCAACUCACCAGAAGCAAAGAGCUGGAGGAGAAGCACAAGGAAGAAGUGGAGCGGCUAAACAUCGAUUUGGAAAUGGUAAGGGACCGAUACGAAAAGGCCCAAAUCGAGCUCAGGAGACUGCAGAGCGAACGGGAGAAGCUGCUAUCGGACAACGAACGAAUGCGGUUCGAAAACGAGCGAGCACAAGCACAGAGCACCAAGGCUCAAUCGGCUUAUGAAAAAGCCCAGGAAGACAUUUCCAGAUUGUCCAUCGAAGUGGAAAAGCACAAAGACAAGCACGACAAGCUUCAGAACGAAUUCAGGAAAGUCGUUGCUGAAUACGACCAUCUGCGCGAGACAACUGGAGCUGGCGGAAGAGAGAGCCGAUACAGCAGGUAUGACAGAGAAGACUCCAGAUCCAAAGAGGACAACGACCGGUUACGAUCAGAAAUCGAUCGACUCCGUGAGCGCCUAGACAAGACCCUCGGCGAUCUGGACAAGAGCAGAAAAGAGCUCGCCCUGGUCGAGAGCACGCGCAGCAAGUUCGGCUUCGAGGAGAAGGAAAAACUGGCCGAAAUGGAGCGGUACAAGGACGAACUUCAACGAACACUGACCAACAAUCAGCAGCUGGAGACCAAGCUGCACGAGGCGAGCAUGCAGCUGGACUUGGCCAGGCAAGAUGUGGCCAAAGCGCAGGCCACUCAGGAGAAGCAGCGCAUGGAGCUGGAAAGAGCGGUUAUUGAGCUGGAGAAGCUGCGCGACCGCUAUGAGAAGCUAAAAGCCCAAUGCGAAAAAAUGGAGAAAGACAGCGAGAAGAUUCGAAUGGAGGCGGCGCAGCAAGAGCGCAGGCAAGUGCUGGCCGCUGAUAAAGUGCGGAACGACGAACGCCUGGAAAUCGAACGACUGAAGGACAAACUGGAAAAAAUGAUCCAAGCCCGAAACGCCACGGAAAUGGAAGCCGGACGACUUGCCCAAGAACUAGAGAAGUCUCAGUUGCACCUAACAAAGGCCUUGGAGACCAACGAAGCAACGAAGAUCGAGUACGAGAGAAUGGCAACUGAACUGGCGCGAAUGCACGAGCGUCUGGAAAGAGACAAGUUGGACUGGAAAACGCUGGAGCAAGAGCGAGACGUGCUGAGAGCUGAGCUGCAGCAGGUGAGGAGCGGGAUGGACACGCAGCGCCGCACCAUCGACCAUCGAACCCAAGAGACGCUCAUCAAGCUGCAGCAGGAGCUGGCGCAGUCCAACAGGGAGAGAGAUAAAAUGGCCUCCAUGCUGGACAAACAGGGCAGACAAGGCGAAUCCAUCGAGAAGCAGAUCAUGAAGUACGAAGCGGACAUUAAACAGCUAACGAUGGAAAGAGACCAACUGGUCAUCCAGCUGGAAAAGUCCCAGGACAUGUUGAUGAACUUCCAGCAAGAGUUGAAUCACAGUGAAGCCGAGCUGGAGAAGCACAAGCAGGAGGUGAACCGAUUGAAAACCGAGCAGAAGCGGAUGUCGCAAGACGUGGAAAAAGGGACCAAGGACGUCCUGGAGAACCGGGACAGAGAAAUUGCCAAUCUGCGCCAGCAGCUGCAGCAGGCCCAAAAAGAAAGGGACGCGCACAAGCAAAGGGCUGAAAAGGCGGAGAAAAUGGUCCAUGAAUCGGGGACGCGGGAUGAUGCUGAGCUGGAACAGUGGCGAAACGUUAUCGAGCAGGAGACCAAGCGGGCCGAUCAGGCGGAGAAAACGUCCCAAGACCUGCAGAAGAGGAUCCAGGUGAUGGAGAAGCAGCUGCAGCAGCAGCUGAACCAGAUGGCGCAGUACCAGCGCGAAAGAGGAAUCCAGCCGCCCCCACAGGACGACAAAGAGGUUCUCCGUCUGAGGAAGGAGCUGGAGAAGGCGCAAAGCGACGUGAAGAACUUCGCCACUGAGAAGGAGCGCCUUCAAGCGCAGCUGGAGAUGCUGGUCCAGGAGCUGGAGAAGAAUCAGGUGGAGCUUCACGAAGCUACCAAAAAGCUCCAAAUGGCCCCGCAACGGCCCGCCGAAGACCUUUCCGGCCAAAGGAAGCAACUGGAGGACGAGCGACGAAAGAUCGAAGAAGCCAAACGGCAGUUGGAGGAGCAGAAACGAAGCGCCGAAACCAAACAUCGGCAAGUUGAAGAGAAAGAGCGUCAGUUAGCCGAAUUAGAUAGACAAUUACAGAAACAGCAGCAACAAAUGGACCAAUUGCAAGCCUCCUUGCAGAAGGCUGGAGGCACGGCAGCCGCUGCCACUGAACUGACCAAAAAGCUCAGCGACGCUGAGAAGAAGGUGGAACAAGCUCAGGAGGAAGCAAAGCGAUCGGCCACUGAGAUGGAGCGACUGUUGCAGUUGGUGCAGAUGAGCCAAGAGGAGCAGAACCAGAAGGAGAAGCAGAUAAUGGAGCUGCAGCAAGCGCUGAAAAAUGCACAGACCAAACUACGGCAAACGCAGCAAGCGCAGACGCAAGAGAGCGAAAUACACGAACGAACAGAACUAGAUUUAAGAAGCCAGAAGGAGGCGAUUAGAUUGCAGUUGGAUCUAGCUGAGAACCAACUUGAAGAGCAGAGAACCCGUUUGGAGGCCCUAAAAUUAGAGGUAGGCGCCAAGGACGAGAUAAUCUUGAGGUUGGACGAUGGCGACACAAACAAUAACGACGGAGUCGCUCCGGAGGAUAAAAACCUUAUCAGAAAUGGCAUAUCAAAGCGACUAAGUAGAAACGAUUGCGGAAACGUGGAUAAAACCAAGCAAAGUAGUGAAAUAGAUUACCAUGCAGCUAGAAUAAGGGAACUAGAAGGUGUGAUAGAGGAUAAAGAGGGAAGAAUUCUCCAGUUGGAAGAUGGGCUGAGGGAGAGUGUGCAGAUUUCCACUGAGCGAGAGCACGUUCUGCUGAAGGAGGAGACCAAACGGAGACAGAUCAUGCAAAAAGUUGGAAAGCUGGAACAACGACUGCUGUCUCUUCAAUCAGCGCAAGCGAUGAGGUGCCACAAUUGCAAACCUUACGUGAGAAGAACGUGCCUUCUUGAGGAGAAACUGUUAAAGCUGAUAGCGGAAAGGAGGAAAAACCUGCAGGAGCUGGCACACAUGAAGAGGGAAGCUUUGGAAGCAGCGAUCAGCGAAAAGGACUCUCAUUUGGCCAUUUUGGAAAUGACGGGAAUACGAAACGCCCGGCAAGCUGAAGAGGCCGAUAAUCUCAAGCUGGAUAAGAAGAGGCUGGUCGAAAUGCUCAAAAAAGAGGCUGAAUCAAGCGUUUCGCUGCUCGAAGAAUCAGCUAUCGAAGACGAAUUGUCGCUCGACUUGGUAAAGGAAGAGCAGCAUCCCGAACAGCUUAGCUAAGUGUUGGGCUAAAAAUAUUCUCUAAUUGAUUAGUGUUUAACGAGAACACACCAUACGACCUAACCGUAGUGUAUUUAAGCAUUUAAAGAAAUAUUAGCUUAAGAUAUAUGAUCUCAGCAAUAAGAAGGUAUUCAAUGAACAAUUAUAUCGGCCGUUCGCGGUCAACGUUUCUCACUGCCUAUUGUGUAUAUUCAAUUAAUUAUAUACAUUGUUAAUUAAGCUCUUAGUGCAAAGGAACGUUCAUUAAGUCAUUACUGUGAAUGUGUUAUAGUUGCUGUUAAUAUUUCGACGUUAGAUAUGACAAUAAUGUACGGGGGAAUGGGGCAUUAUUAUUUAAGGGCCCAUUAGAAAUUCGACUUUUUGCGGAAUAGCAUUGUUCCCUUCAAGUUUUAUCUACAAACCGCUGGGCUGUAAAAAGGAGUUUAUAGAUUUUACUUAUAGAACAAUUUAUUCGGUAAUACAAAGCAUUGUACAUGCCAUUUAUUGUUUAGAAAUCAUCUUAGCAUUAAGUUGUGAUUCGCAAUUAAGUUAGGAAAAGCAAAUUGGACGGAUCACAGCACAUUUAUAACCGAAUCUAGUUGUGAAGGGUAAUUCCGAUUAUUUUCCGUCAAUAUAUUUUCGAUUAAUUAUGUGCGUUCUGUUAUUUUAACUGGACUUUUUACUAACUCAUCAAACGAAAACGGAAAGUUUCAGUGCUACUUCUAUGACCAAUAUUAACCAAUCACUUUUCCAAUAUAUCUGUUUGCAAACCAUCAUCACGCCUUUACUCUGCUGAUCAAAGCUUCAUACAAAUUCUAGCAAGAAAAUAUAAAUCGCGCAUUAGAUCACGAAUGCUUAGUUGAAAAUCCUAGAAUAAUGAAAAUAUGACGGUUCAAAAUAUGAACUACUAAAAAACUAGAUGUUUUGGACUGUUGUACUGUAUAUUUUUUUCAAUUCAUAUCAUAGCAAAUGUUGUACAAUAGGCCGAGAAAACACUGCCAUUCACUCGUGCCAUUAAAGCUUAACGAAUCGCGAUAGAAGCCCGAGGCAAUAAUUACCAGAAAAGUGCUUAAAUUCCGCAACAUCACGAUGAUUUUGUUAAUUGUUGUGUUGGGCUUGCGCAACCAACAUUUUUUAUAACAUUUUUCAAAUUUCAAACGAUCGCUGCCUGCAAAAAACUAGUAAAAUCAAAUAAAGAUGUUAUAAAGAAAUUAAGCUUUAAGUUAUUAAAGUUAAUAAAUGUACAUUAAAUCUAGAUUAUCCAACAGUGUUUAGCAGGUAACGGUAAAGGAUUAUUGUAAAAUAAAAAUACUAAUUAAUCGUCUGAAAAUACAUGUUAUAGAUGAAUAAAUAGGCGCCUGAAAAGGAUUCCGUUUGAUUAUUAUAGUAAACGAUGCAAAGAACAAAACUGCUUCCAAUUACACGAAAGCGACUGAUCAAUAAAAAUUCUACCUAAAUGAUUUCCGGAUUUGCAUUUGUUCCAAUGUUUUCUUUUGCCGCGUAGAUUUUUAAUUUUUUAGGUCUCCACUAGUCUAAGAAUAUUAUAAUAAUAAUAAUAAUAAUUCGAACUGAAUGAAUAAUUUCAUCGCAUACCUUAGAAUAAGUUAGCAUAGUAGGACUUAAGUGUUACAUGAAUUUUCCUGUCCUCUAUCAUUACGAGAUUGUUUAGAAUUAAUGCCCGACUUUCAUAUAUUCAAGCCCCGGCUAGUUUUCCUAUUAAGGAAAUGUUAAUCUGGAGUUUUACAAAUUAAUUGAAUAUUUGAAACUUCCGGACAACUUUAGACUUUCUUAAUCAAUAACUCACACUUAUCACCUGACAUAUCUCAUAUAAAUCUUAUUAAAAGUUGCUUUUUAUAACAUGAUUAUAAAAUUAAAAAUUAAGAGAACUUGGGCUAGAAGAUAAAUAAAUCGUGGUGGAAAAUUUGAUAUUUGCUGUUCAAAAAAGGCUUUAUAAACACGUAUAAAAAUCUGCUUGAAUCGUUCCUGUCUAAGAUUAUCAAGUGCAAAAGUAUCAGUGUAAAAAAACCCGUUCUGAGCGGAAGAUAAAAGAGCAAAUUCGCACCUUGGUUUUUAUCAAAUUUUUUGACCAUCGUAGUAUAAUAAGGUGUUAAUAUUGACUAGUUAUCUAAUUUCCCGAGUCUUCAUUUUUAAACACACGCUGUUGUAUACAUAAUAUGUUAUAAUGAACGAUGUGAAAUGAAAAGAACAUUUUAAAAUGCA